UUGUGUUUGUGCGCCUCAUUACGUUGGAGGUACCUGCUGUGUGUUAUUAUAGGGUGGAUGGGAUCUGCUGUUUUCGAGCCCAGGAUGGUUAUUUCUGCGCCUGAGACGCAUGGAGUGGAGUGAAAUUCAUCCAAAUCGCGUAAAAAUGAGGUGCCACUGGGUUGUGUGUGCCUCCUAUUUUAUCUUGCUGCCGCUAACAGUGUGGUGCGAGCCAGUCAUCUCCCCUGGCGGGCCUCACAUUGUGGUUCCCAAGAGGGGGAAGCUGGAGCUGCGUUGCCACGACAAUACCACAACGUAUGGCGCCCCAUGGGGGUUGAGGUGGCAGAGGGAGAAGGCUCGCAGGAUCGAGGGAGAGGUGGAGGAGGGCAGAGUGGCUUAUGUCAGGGUGCCGGUGCUCCAAGUCUACCACAUGGGCCGCUAUGUGUGCAUCAACAACAGCACCCUGGAACACAGCUCCAUCUAUGUCUACGUGAAAGACCCCCUGAAUGCUUUUCAGCCCAUCAUGGUGGACAGCAUUCUGGUGCGAACAGGUGAGAACUGCACCAUCCCCUGUCUUGUGACCGACCCUGAGGUCACCCUCCUGGCGCUGGAGACCUGCGACGGACGGCCCAUGCCCUCUGGUAUGAGUUACACCGGCAACCCCCAGAGAGGUGUCAUCAUCAACGGCGCUAGGAAGGAAUACGAGGGCUGUUACGUAUGCGUGGGGCAGCUUGGUGGAGUCAGAGUGGUGUCGAGCCAAUACACUGUGGACGUCCGACUUGAGCCAGAGCUGCGUCCGGUGAUCACGCUGUCCCAAAAAGACACCGUCAUCCUGAGGAAAGGGGAGAAGUUUGAGCUGACUUGUAGCUCCUCCAAUAUCAACCCGGACUUCAGUCUCAAGUGGGAUUUCCCUUCGACAGCGCGUCCUCGUGACAGCCAGGCCUCACACAUCCUGUCCGGUUCCCAUGGUUAUCAACGUUCCACCUCACUCUUAAUCAAAGCUGUCAAGCAGUCAGACUCGGGCCCUUACCACUGCACUGCCUACAACGACAGAGGCAGCAGUAUCGAAAUGCUGCAGCUGGAUGUUUAUGAUCAGGGUUUCAUCACCAUGUUAGGAGAUCCAAGUCCCAUCCAGGCAGAUGUUAAGGAGGGGGAGAGCCUGAGCCUCAGGGUUGAGUUUGAUGCUUAUCCUGAACCCAGCUCCCUGUUCUGGUCUUACAACAGCAAGCGUCUCCUCAACACCACAGAGCAUGUCAUCACCGUCCACCGCCGCAAAUACAGAUACAUCAGUGAGCUGAGACUAGUGAGGGUUCUUGGCACGGAGGGAGGGAUCUAUAAUUUCUCAGCAAGUCAUGAAGACGCAUCUGUUGAUCAUUCUUUUCACGUGUACGUCAACAGUAAGCCUGUUAUCAUUGCCCAGGAGGGGCCUGUUGACGGACAGGUUCGGUGCAUUGCUGCAGGAUACCCAGUUCCUAAAAUCAGCUGGUACUUCUGUGACCUGCCCCACACAAGGUGCUCACACCUGCCCAAUGCCACCCAAUGGGAGACUCCUGAGGUCGCCAUGCUGACAGAGUCUGCCUUUGGUAGGAGUGAGGUGGAGAGUCGACUGAAUGUCAGCAAGGAGCACGCUCAGUACCACACCCUGGAGUGUGUGGCCUCUACGGAGGGGGAAGAGGCCUACACACUGUUCUCCAUCAGUGAGCGCAUCGUCCCCCACAAACUCUUCACGCCUCUUCUAACUGGCAUGGUGGCUACCGGUGUCUUACUCAGCCUCAUUCUAGUGGUGCUGCUCUACAAGUACAUGCAGAAACCAAAGUUCCAAAUCCAGUGGAAGGUGAUCGAGAGCAUCCAUGGAAACAACUACAUAUAUAUUGACCCCACACAGCUGCCAUAUGAUUCAAAGUGGGAAUUCCCCCGGCAGAAGCUACGCUUUGGUAAAAUCCUGGGCUCUGGGGCUUUUGGAAAAGUAGUGAGGGCCACAGCGUACGGACUGUGCUCUGCAGACACUGUUACAACCGUCGCUGUUAAGAUGCUAAAACCUAACGCUCAUUCCACGGAGAAGGAGGCACUGAUGUCAGAGCUGAAGGUUCUCAGUUACCUUGGAAACCACGUGAACAUCGUUAACCUGCUGGGAGCCUGUACGGUCGGAGGCCCCAUUUUGGUGAUCACAGAGUACUGUUGCUAUGGAGACCUCCUCAACUUCCUGCGAAGAAAAAGAGAGUCCUUCCUCAACUCCCAAGUUGGGGAUGGUUACUAUCGCAACGUCUUGAACCAAACAGAGCCUGCAAGCAGAGAGGUGACAGGCGCAGGAUAUAUGCCCAUGCGUCCGUCUGAGAAAGAAAAGUCCUCCCAGUCAGAUGACAUAGAUGAGCUGUCUCUGGACACUGAAGAUCUCCUCAGCUUUUCCUACCAGGUGGCCAAAGGAAUGGACUACAUUACUUCCAAGAAUUGUAUCCACCGGGAUCUUGCAGCCAGAAACAUUCUGCUGACUCACGGCAGGGUGGCCAAGAUCUGUGACUUCGGCUUGGCGCGAGACAUCACCACUGACGCCAGUUAUGUGCUCCGGGGAAACGCUCGUCUGCCGGUCAAGUGGAUGUCUCCCGAGAGUAUUUUCGACUGUGUCUACACCUUUGAGAGUGACGUGUGGUCCUAUGGCAUCCUGCUCUGGGAAAUCUUCUCUCUGGGGAACAGCCCUUAUCCUGGGAUGCAGGUCGGAUCUGCGUUUUACAGGAUGAUCCAGGAAGGCCACAGGAUGAACAGGCCUGAGUUUGCUCCCAUUGAAAUGUACGACAUGAUGCUGUGCUGCUGGAACCACGAUCCUUUGAAACGGCCUUCUUUCAGAAAACUGGUGGAAAGAACCGAACUGCUGCUGUCAGAAAACACCAAGAAUGUGUACCUGACGCUGAGCAACGCUUCUGGUCCUCCAGACCAGCAGAGGGCAGCGUCGCGUAGACUGAGCUCCGUCUGCAGCACAACAGCCCCCACCCAGCCCUUAUUGCAGAGCACGGCCGACGUCUUCCAGGACUACGUCUGACAAACACACUGCCAUGACACAUCUGUACAAAACCCCACCCUAACUCCCUGAUCACUCUUUCCCUCUACAACUAAUAACAUUCAAAGUCCAUUCAAACUAACUCUCAAAUGCUGGCCUUCUUGCACACACGCACACACUUAGACAGUGUAUAUAUACAAGCCUGUACUGGGCUCUCAGCCUCUAUCUACUCUUCCCAUCGGCGUAUCGAUCUCUGUGGUGGCUAUUUGAGGUGCACAUCUACAUAAAACAGACUCGCAGCACUAACCAGCCAUCAGAUACAACAUCACCCAUCAGCUGUGGGAGGAGUUCUGGCUCACAUUCAGCCUUAGAUUACAACUUAAGAUGCUUUAAGGAAAGCAAAGACGACAAGUACAUGUACAUAACUGAGUUUGGGGGGGGGGGGGGGUAAAUAAGCAGAGGUGGUGCUGUGAUGACAAGAUGUCGUGUUAGAUUUGUCUCCGAUUUUAUUGGAAUGCUAUUGAUAUUUUGGGGAAUACACAACUUCUUGCGGAGAGUUAGAUGAGCAGACUGAUGACAAUCCUCACAUCUGUGCGUUAAGUUUAACGUUAAAGCCAACAGUUUAUUUUAGAGUCAAGAGUGGAAACAAAAAUCUGCAAAAGCCAAAUCUGCAUACCAGCAUUUCUCAAGAUCACCUAUUAAUAUGUUAAUCUGUGCAAUACCCAAAGUGUAAAAAUGUCAAUUUAUGUGUGGUAAGAACAAGUCUGGCAACCCCCUGUGAAACCACUACUUGUAGACUUUGGGCAAAAAAAUGAUCUCUCAGUGGCUAACGCUGGUAAAAGUCAUUCCCUGCUGUGCAAUCAAAGGCAAAUAAUGCAGGAUUUUAUUUAUUUAUUCUAUAUUUUACAGUCAUAUCCCUGACUGAAUUUGGCUAUCCCACUGUUAUUUGUUCUCGUGUGCAUGAUUUACUGUUGCUGCCUAAAGUUUGGCAAGUACAGUUUUAGCGAUUUUUUUUUUAUGAAGCACUUGAGCUAAAAGUAUAUGUACAGUACAAAAAAGUACACUUCAAUAACUUCGAUACACACCCAACACAAAUAAACAAACACAUUUCUGGCCCAAGCUUCAUAUAUAAAGGUCAGACAUAACAGUGGCAUCAUUCUUGUCUUUUACCCCUUGGCGAGAAUGUAUCCCAAAAAUGUCAAAUCUUAGUUUAGUCAUUGUCACUGGGUUGGGGAGAGGUCGUCAGCAAGCCUACUUUAAACGUGUCUAAUGGGCCUCGACAUAAAAAUGGUCUGACUUACGUAUGUCUCAUCUGAGAGCUCUUUGAAGAGAGACAACUGAGCCAUAGAAAAGCGGCAUGCAAGCGAUAAUUCCUAACGAAAAAAAACAAAGCCAUGAGUUACAGAAACACUGACUCCCACCUGUGUGUUGUAGCUUUCAAUACUGUGACUUAAAACAAAGACUUACUGGUGUGUUGCUGUUUGUAUUUCCUGGAUAACUUUAGUCUCUUUAGCAAAGUCACUGUGGCCAAGGGUUUAGGACUGAUUGUGUGCUUUUUACUUGAUUUCUGUCAAACAUGUAUGCAAUGUAAAUACAAUAGAGAUGUGCCUUUAGAUUUUUUGUUUUCUUUUUAUUACUGGACGCAUUUGUUUGUGACGGUUACUGGUGAGAGCGCGGCACAGAGCAGAGCUUCUGCAGUUUUGAUACAGUUGGUUGACUUGUAAUAAUAAAGGAAGUACCUGUGAUGGUAGAACCAA